ACUCUGUCCCUUCCAUUGGCUUUGGGCUCGAGAUGGAUUUGACGUACCAGAGCAGCAGGGGCUAAAGCAGAUAGCCAAACAGGAAGCAAAAUAUUUUUACUACACCUCAAAGCAGUCAUGCACAAAGUGUCGGAAACGGAUCGCCGCGGUGUUGUCGAUUUUGAGGAGUAAUAUUAUCUCAUUCGUCCAGUGUCAGUUGUCGAUGAACUUAUAGCGACUAUUAGUGGCUUUAAAGGGAAACAAUAAUAAUCAAACGUCACGGGAGGAACACAAACACACAAGAAAAGCGUCUGCUGUACCUUUUUCAUCCAUGCAUGUCUCAGCAUUAGAGGUUUAAACACCAUGUCCUGCUCUGGCAACCUCAUUUGGGAUGUGCGAAAACGCGCUAUUGGAUGCACAGAUCCAUAUGCGGUCAGGACAAAUUAUUUAGGCAGAAGAGAGUUCGUGCAACGACUGAAGCUUGAAGCCGUUCUUAGUGUGCACGAUGGAUGUGUUAACACCAUAUCCUGGAAUGACACAGGAGAAUACAUCUUAUCAGGUUCCGAUGACACUAACUUGGUUAUCACAAACCCUUACAACAGAAAGGUAAAGACAACUAUUCGUUCAGGACACCGGGCCAACAUCUUCAGCGCAAAGUUCAUGCCACACACUAACGAUCAACAGAUUGUGUCCUGCUCAGGAGAUGGCAUCAUUUUCUACACUAACAUAGAGAAGAGCCAAGAAAUCAACAGGCAGUGCCAGUUCACCUGCCACUAUGGCACUGCUUAUGAGAUAAUUACAGUGCCAAAUGACCCAUAUACCUUUUUAUCCUGUGGAGAAGAUGGUACAGUGAGGUGGUUUGACAUGCGGAUGAAGACGAGCUGCACAAAAGAGGACUGUAAAGAUGACAUUUUGAUUAAUUGCCAGAGAGCCGCUACCUCAAUAUCCAUUUGCCCCCUGGUCCCCUACUAUCUUGCUGUGGGCUGUUCAGAUAGCUCAGUGAGGAUCUAUGACAGAAGAAUGCUGGGAACAAGAGCUACGGGUAACUACAUGGGCAGAGGGACGAUCGGCAUGUGUGUAUGUUUUGUUCCAGAACACCUGUCCUCCAAAUCCUGCCGCGUCACCUCUCUGUGUUACAGUGAAGAUGGACAAGAAGUGCUGGUCAGUUACUCUUCAGACUACAUCUACCUGUUUGACCCCAAAGAUGACCAGGCCAGGGAGCUCAAGGGCCCGUCUGAAGAGCGGCGAGAGGAGCUGAGGCAGCCCCCGGUCAAGCGCCUGCGUCUGAGAGGUGACUGGUCAGACACAGGACCACGUGCUCGGCCUGAGAGCGAGAGGGAGCAUGAUGGAGAGCAGAGUCCAAAUGUAUCCCUCAUGCAGAGGAUGUCGGACAUGUUGUCACGCUGGUUCGAGGAGGCCAGUGAGGCCCAGAGCAGCAGAGCACAUCCUCAAACUCGACCCAGAGGUACAGCAGCUCGAGCAGAAGGGACAUCUGCGACCUCAGAAACACACACUCAGGCACAGGAGCCCACUGAGGUCUCAGCUGAAGGAGCGAUGGUGGUGGAGACACCCUCCUCUGAUCCUCCGACUACACCUGCAGCUUCUCCUGCAUCUGCAGAGCCUCUUCCCAAGUCUAUCUCCUCCUCAUCCUCAGGCUCUUCCUCCACUGUGACAGCCCCUGCCCGCUCCAGCUCAUCCUCCAUGGAAAGCGCUGCCUCCUCCUCUUUCCUCUCCUCCCCAGACACAGAGCAGAGGAGCCAGGAUGAAGUUACGCCCACUCCAUCGGCCACGCCCACUCCUUCAGCCACACCCACCCCAUCCAGAGAGGCAGCUUUAUCUGAAUAUGGUCCUCGCAGGCUGCCGGUAAGUUUAGUGUGUAGACGUUUGCAGAGACUGCUUCUUUUGUCCGACCCCCCUGGACAGGGCAGACGCUCAGUCCCUUCUGUACCUGCGACCUCCAGCCCAGAGAGCUCAGCCCAACAGACUGCUGCUUCUGCUGAUGCGUCCCCCCCUGCAGAUUCUCCCUCAUCUGUGGUAAACAAACAGCUUGGAUCCAUGACUCUGGAUGAGGAGCAGGGAGGUGCAGAAGCAGCAGGACAUGUAAUCAGUGAUCAAAGUACAGGUGUCAGUGAAGCUUCCCCAAACACUACAGAAACUCUGAAAUCCACAUCAGUGCCUUCACUUGGCACCAGCCCUGGAUACAGCAGCGGGAGCGGCAGCACUCCUCCAGGGCCUGGGCGGACUGGCACGGCAGAACCGGUCCUUAGUCUGCACUACAGCACUGAAGGCACCACCACUAGCACCAUCAAACUGGAUUUCACGGAUGAAUGGAGCAGUCCAACGUCUGGUGCCAAAGGCAGGAGUGGAAGACAUAAGCCUGGGGAGGUGGGUGAGAGCCAGACCAGAGCGGAGCCCACAGGACAAACCUCAGAGCAAAGUUCAAGCUCACCCUCAGAGAGUCAACCCACACCCGAUGGGGGCCAAACUGCAGACAGUGGCACAGAAAAGACCUCCAUCAGCUCUCAAAACAGAACACCACUGGCGGCACCACGAGAGGGCCUGUCUACUGAAGACACGGCUCGUCCCAGCGCUCCUUCAGAGGAGCUCCAGGCUGCUGGUUCAGGGGAGUUGAGUGAGCGGUGCAGGAGGAGCGAGACCUCAGGGAUGGGUGGUCAGGGUUCGACUCAGUCAUCCCGCAAUCCGGACACUGAUGACAGUGACGACGACCCCAUCCUUAUCCCUUCAGCCAGGUACAGAGGAGGGCCAGGACAGAGAGGAUCAUCUGUAGGUGAUAGGAUGAUAAGACGCUCUGCCGCAGCUCGGAUCCAGGAGUUGUUCCGCAGGAGAAAAGAACGGCGAGAGAUGGAAGAGAGUGAAACUCAGAAUAUCAGGAGACCCUCUAUCAAGAUGGUGUACAAGGGCCACCGCAACUCCAGGACCAUGAUUAAGGAGUCGUGUUUCUGGGGGAAUAACUUUGUGAUGAGUGGCUCGGAUUGUGGCCAUAUCUUCAUCUGGGACAGACACACGGGAGAGCACCUGAUGCUGCUGGAGGCCGACAACCAUGUGGUCAACUGCCUGCAGCCUCACCCUUAUGACCCCAUUCUUGCUUCAUCUGGAAUUGACUAUGACAUCAAGCUGUGGUCUCCUUUAGAACAGUCAGCGUCAUUUAACAGAGUUCUUGCCGAAGAGGUGAUUGCUCGUAAUGAGUUAAUGCUGGAAGAGACGAGGAACACCAUCACUGUUCCUGCUUCCUUCAUGCUCAGAAUGCUGGCAUCAUUAAAUCACAUCAGAACAGACCGCGUGGAGGGUGAUCGUUCAGAAGGCUCUGGACAAGAGAACGAGGAUGAACAGUAGCCCUCCUGCUACAAGUGAAUUUUUUUUUUUUUUUGCUACAGUGCACUUGAGCAUUUGAGAUUUGUACAAGUUACAAAAUAGAGUAUUUCCUUAUUAGUUCAGUUUUUGGCAUUAUUAUUUUUUAAUGAGACUUUUCUUACUUAUUACUCUAUAUGAGAGUAAACUGCAUCUGGGGAGUUCAAGCAAACAAGAUAUGUAAGAAAUCGAAAGAUGGGACUAGACAGCUGGUGCUUGAGAGUAUUUAAGUGCAAUAUUCAUUUAUUGAAUCAAACGGCUGAGCUUUGAGCGGUGUUAAGUGUGAAAUCUUAUUGUAGCCUCAAAUGAAGCACUGGGAUGUUUGUAUACCAGGAAUUAUGCAUGUCAAACACGAGUUUGCUAAAAACAUGUUCUCUUAGUCUUUACCAAUGUUGUGUAUAAAAAUGGCUUUUUUUUGUCAUUACUAAAUCUUGCGUUGCACAGGGAUCUUCUGCCUGACCCCAAUUUACAGGUACUACUUGCAAUAUCUCAUUAUCCAAAACAGCCAUUAUACAUUGUUACACUGCAGAAUGUUUGUAAUAGUUUAUUAAAAUGAGAACUGUUUUUGACUUUUGACGUCUAUACAUAAAACCCACUGCUGUCUAGCCAAAUGGUUCUAGCGUAAGUUGGCAGGUCGUGUUUCUCUCUCCUAACAGCACAGAUGGCCUUUCGUUGUGGCAGCUGUUAGCUUGAGCAAUCUGCUAAGUGACUAGUGAUCGCUGGGAAAUGCUAAGAUGAAAUAUCUCCUCAUCUUUUAGCAUGCCAUUCUAUGCUAAACUCAUUCAGCACUGUUAAAGACGGCAAGCCAUCUUUUUAAAUGUUUGUCCAGAUUUUCAGAUUAAGUUCCGUUUCCUUUUCAAACCAUGUACCAGAGGACCGUUUAAACAUUAAAUGUGUUGUUAUUCAAACAAAACAUGACUGAAAGUUUGAGUACCCAUAAAAAAUUUAAUAACAGUACCAAAAAAAAAAAAAGGCUUUAUGUUUUGUGGUUUGCAAACAAAUAAUGCAGCCAUUGACAAAGAAGACCGUUAAUAUCGGUAUAUAACAGACUGGCAUAAUGCAAAAAAAAAAAAAAAAAAAGAAGAUUCCACAGGAAUGAUUAAUCCUUACGGGGUACAUUUUCAGAGUAUACUAACCAAAACAGUAACAACAAAAACACAGAUGUGUGACGUCACUGAUCAAAUGUAACAAAAUCUUCAAGUGCAAUUGUACCAAUGACUUCAGUAAUGGCACUGCAGAUGCUUUCUCGCACAAUUACAUUCAGUCAAAACAUUUUAAUCAGAUUUUCCACAAAAAAACUAUGGAUAAAACAGAAAUUUUAAGGGUAUUCUACCUUUUUAUGCCUAGUAUCUCUCUCUCUUUACAUGAUUUUCUGAUGUUAAUUCAAUUCCAUGAAAAUAUUUUAUAAUGCGUAAGGGCCAGAAAGGUUUUUUUCUUUGAACCUUGUGGUACUGACAAUAAUUUAAUAUAUUAAUAGGCCUGUACUUAAAACGGUGGAGAGGAGCUCUAGGAUAACCAUUCUUACAGUCAGUAUGUAUAAAACAGGGUGGUUACAGUUUCCUUAUAAGAAAAGAGUAAACAUAAGACACACGGUACCCAACACAGGCGAAAUAUCUGAAAAAUAUACGAGGGCUGUUCAUGACUUUACAAUAACUUUUAUGUUACAAAACAUAACUUAUUCUGAUGAGUGACAGUAGGGCUUCUAGUACCUGAUGCAUUGCAGGUACAGCCAUCAUUGUAGGUCUUUGGUCUCUCCAAGGCAAGUAGCAGCAGUUGCUAGCUAAAAUAAUCCAAGUUAUGUUCUUUACCUGGUAUGCAAAUUACACAUGAAUCACUGUAUAUCUGUAAACAUUUACCUUAUGUGUUCAUUUAAUGUUCUGUACCUUUAAAAGCUGAAGAUUACACAAUCUGGUCCAUUUACUGAGUCAAAGAACUACAUGGAAGUGUCACCUAUUUUUUCCUUAAGCUCUUCGUCGUCAUCAUCAUCAUCAACUAUUCCUUCAUCGAUGCUUUCCAUCCUGGGUCUCUGUCCAUCCAAGUAACGGGGAGCUCUCUGUGUGUUUUGCACUAUGAACAGACUUGUUGGAAUUUGAGUCCAUUCCCCAAAGAGUUGAAGCUUGGCAUCGUUCUCUAUAGCCUUAGCAAGAGAGGAUGCAAAGCUGUCCAAAGACUUAUGGAUGUCUGCUGUCACUUGGACUACUGAGGGGUCACCUUGAGGGAAAAGAAACAGUAAAACAUUAAAAUAUUUUAUCAUAUCUUAAAAUAGAAAACAUGUAUUUUAAAUUGUAGCAAUACACAAAAUUGUUUUUACUGUAUUUAAAAUGUAAAAUAAAAAUUCUUCUCGACCCCAAACCUUUGUUUAGUUGUGUACUUCUAUUAAACCUAAUAAUAUUGGAACCAUUAAAUUUCUUUAAAGCCACUUUCUAUUUGCUUGGUUUUGUACUGGUGACAACUAACAGACAUUUUUGUAUUAGUCAGAUGUAAAAUAAGAACAUGUUAGAUACCGUUAGGAAUAUGAUCCAUUUGGUCUUCGAAUGUGACAGAACUUCUUCUCUUAUCGGUAGCACAGUGGGCAGAGUGGGAGGGCUCUGAGGUGUAGCUGUCCAACAGCAUGACGUCUGUAGCUAGAGGGUAAAUCACAGCAGGCAUCUUUCAAUCAAAUAUCAGUUUUAACACUGCUCAACACCACCCACCCACACCAGUCUGGACACUGUGGGAGAGCCGCUGAGCAGUGCCUGCCGUCUGUCUGUUCUGCGAUACUCAUGGGCUCUGGGUUUCCUCAAAUGGCACACCCUGAUAACAACAGUCUGCAAGCCAAUACACCACCUCUGCUGACUGCUAAGAGCUGUGGGGGUUGAUUCUGUUUGGUUUGCUUGUACUUAAAGAAGUAAGGAUGUAGCAAUAUUUAAAUCAUGGCCUAUACUGAUAAACAAUUAUAUUAAAAUUCUAUUUAAAUUAAUCGAUGUAAAUCAAAACACUAAAAACUAAAAUCUGUCAUUUUAAACACUACACGUGAAUUUAGUCAUCACAACAUUAUAAUGUACACUUUGAGGUUUUGAGGUUUGCUAAAAAAUUACAUUUAAAUGUAACUAAAUUACUAGGGUUUUUAGAGAAUAUCUUGGGUAGACAUUAGAUGAUGGCAAAUUUAAAUGUAAAAAUAGAGGAAACGAGCAUGCACAAUAAAUAUCCAAUAACAGCUAAUAAUGAUAAAUAAAUCUCCAAUAUCAUUCAAUAUGGUACUAGUAUAUUAUUGUGCAUCCCUGCAAAAAAAAAAAAAAAAAAAAAUA